AAUCACACUCACCUGGAGGCUGGAGGUGUCAGCCAAUCUGACCCCCUCAAGGAUGCCUGCAGCAAUCAGAGCAGCUCCAGAUGGCAGAGCAACAGAUAUGGCAAACCAUGUGGAAAGGCUAUUACCAGAUGGGGAGAAAAACAAUAAGGAUGUACAGCUACCUGCUUGUUUCAACAAGAUGACUCGAGAGUCUAGGAAGAAUUUCUCACAUACCAAACAAGUUGGCAACUACCUUGUGGGCAGAAUGAUCAACAAGGGCUCCUUUGCCAAAGUGAUGGAGGGGCUACAUAUCCCCACAGGGGAGAAGGUAGCCAUUAAAGUUAUUGACAAGAAAAAAGCCAAGCAGGAUUCCUAUGUUUUAAAAAAUAUGAAGAGGGAGCCUCGGAUACAUCAGAUGAUUAAACAUCCUAAUAUUGUUCAGCUCUAUGAAACCUUGGAGACAGAGAACUCCUAUUACAUGGUGAUGGAACUGUGUCUUGGGGGAGACCUCAUGGACAGAAUAUGUGAGAAAAAGAGACUGGAAGAGAGGGAAGUUAAGAAAUAUACCAGGCAGAUCAUGUCUGCAGUUGAACACUUGCAUCGUCAUGGGAUUGUCCACAGAGAUCUGAAGAUCGAAAAUUUUCUUCUAGAUGAAAACAAUAGCAUCAAAAUUGUUGAUUUUGGAUUAAGCAACAUAAUGAAAUGUGAUGGCCUUUCUCAAGAACUAUUAAGUACACAAUGUGGUAGUCCAGCCUAUGCAGCCCCAGAACUCCUGGCUCAUAAAAAAUAUGGGCCAAAAGUAGAUGUCUGGUCUAUAGGAGUUAGCAUGUUUGCCAUGUUAACUGGCACACUGCCCUUCACCGUGGAACCAUUCAACAUCAAACAACUUAACCUGAAGAUGGUUAAUGGUGAAAUUAAUCCCAUCCCAUUUGAUAUUUCCACAGAUGCUGUUCGUUUCAUAUACUCCUUCCUUGAACCUGAUCCAGCUAAACGACCUGCAAUUAAAGAGGCAAUGAAAGACAAAUGGCUGAAUGAUGGUACUAUCAAGAAACCACUGAAUUCACUUACAUAUAAAAAUAGACUUCGCCCUGAUGACCUGAAUCCUGUUGUUCUGAGUUACAUGACAGAAUCAAUGGAGCUCAACCGUUCAGAUGUAGUAAAUGUACUGAUAAAUAACAAGCCAUCUUCUAUAAUGGCUACGUACUACUUACUUCUGAAGAAAUUUGUUAAGUAUCAGAAGGAACACAGGACAAUGAAGAUUUCCACAUGGGUCGUGAGCACACCUUUUCUGAAGCUGCAUGAGCAAAUUUAG